AUGCCUCCACUGGAAGCUUCUCGCUUUUCGCGCAAGAGGAAGCAACCUGAGCCACCUUCCGAGCGACUGUCGAAGAAACAGCAACUUGAUCAUUCCCCCUCUUACUGGGAUAAUUUGUCGGAGAUUCAUUUAACUAAAAACGCGAUAAGAGAGCACGACCGAAGAAACACUGCCUUAAAUCAACUGCAAAAGCUUCACAAACCGGUUGACCGCCAGCACCGAAGGCCCAUCACUCGCCUGUUUCAGGCGGAGCAGGAGGCGGGUCCGAAACCCAUCCUGCCCACUGAUUUUCUCAGCGAGUGUUCACCCGGUCAGUUAAGGGAGAUAAAAAGGCUCUCAAGAUUGGGAGGACCCGACCUUUCCGAUUUGAAGAAUUAUUCAGCUCCGAUGAGCUCAAGGACGUCCAGCUCUAACCGGAAGCGUCGCGCGAAAUCCCCUCCAUCAUCCUCUGCUAGAGACACAAAGACAACGACAAAAACCUCAAGCACCUCAGCCUAUAGUCGGAAUUUUCAGCAGCAUCUAAUCAACUACAGUGUUUAUCCCCCAGAGUAUAAAUACCCUGACGGCCAAAAACCACCAAAACCUGAUAACUUGGCGGAGAUCCAUGAAAGAUUGGCACUACCACGAGCCUCUCUUUCUCCCUCAAAAUUCUCCGAAAAGCGCUUUGAGGACUUUAGAGAAACAGAUGCAAAGGCAUCUAAAGAGAAGCUGGUUAUAACCUCAGUGAUUCCAGUUCUUGACGGCGAUAUUGGUGACCGUAAUUGUGUCGGAGGGGAAUAUCCAUUUGGAAAUCUUGCUCCCUUAACUAAUGGAACAUUGUCUUCAGCCAAACCAGAUCACUUUUUUGGCGCGCGUCCUGAACAACUGAAUCAUUCAAUCCACGAAGCUCUUAGUGAUCGAAUUAUUCCAUCAACCCAGGAUGAUCUCCCGAUGGCACCAAACUUCUUUUUGGAGGCAAAAGGCCCCGACGGAUCUCUCGCUGUGGCCACAUGGCAAGCAUGCUACGAUGGCGCCCUGGGUGCCCGCGGAAUGGAUGCUCUACGAUCCUAUCGGCAAGAGCAGACCUACGAUAACAAUGCUUACACUCUUACGUCAACUUACCAUGGAGGGACACUAAAGAUGUAUGCUACCCAUAUCGGCAAGCCAGAUGCCCGGAAUAGUCACCCCAAAUAUUUUAUGACACAGCUCCGAUCGUUUGCCCUUACUGAUACUUCCGAGGCCUUUCGACAAGGAGCUUCAGCGUACCGAAAUGGUCGAGAUUGGGCAAAAGAAACAAGAGAUGAACUUAUUAGAGCAGCAAAUGAAAAACAUUCUAAAGCUCACUCUCCUAUCUCCCAAAACCGGACGGCUUCGGAUUUAACGCCGAUCCUGGACGAUUCUGACGGGUCAACUGAGCCUGAUGAAUAUCAAGAUGCCCAAUGGAGUUUUGCGGCUCCAGCUGAAGAAGUACCUCAGGGAAAUCCGAAAACGCCGAAAAUCCGCAACAAAGGCAACUUCGUUGGAGUCCUGCUAUUCCGAACGCUUCAAGGUGGCUGGGGAGGUGUAGAUGACUUUGCGGCUUCGCAGCGCGAGUUUGCCCCAGCAGCAUUUCAGCUCUUUCUUCGGGAUGUUCCAAGUUAUACAACGGCAUCAUUGAAAGGAGUCAAAGGCGAGCAUGGCCGCUUGUAUGCUAAGGGCAGAGCGAUCUGGCACAUUGAGUCUGUGCCGAAAAGCUCAUCUGGAGGUCCUGACGGGGCAGAAACCAAUCCACCUCGCGGCAACUACCUAGCAGCGUUCACUUGCGCAUGGGCAUUUAUUUUAUCGGCACUUUGGGCGGAAGCUCACUGCGGAAGCAUAAGUUAUACAGGAGCAACGGCUCCAAUUGUUGAUAACCGCGACAAACAUAUGAAAACCGGUCUCAGGUCAAUACAAUGCAGCACCAACGAGGCCGAUUGGUGGGCCUCUAUUUUGGCAAAUGGCAGUGGUUGGAGGGCAACUGUCAAACGGGAUGGAAAUGAUUAUUUGUCUCCAUGGAGCAUUCAACUUGGCAGUGAAGACUUCACAGUUUUGGUACCUUGCACUACAGAGCGGAUAACGGCAUCCAAACCCCCCAGCGCCACUGAGGCGUUGAGCUUUCUUUCUCGUUAUUGUGCAACUUAUGACCUUCGUCAGCAAGGACUUGCUGCAUUAUUUGCAGCAUUGGCAUUGCCGACACAUAGUCUAUUUGCCAGACCCGCCGCCCUCCCGAUCCCAUACCAUGCGGCGCAAGAGAGACGUGAUCCCUUGGGCGAUGACAUAUUUGCCGGCAUCAUUUCUGAAAUUCCUUCCCUCAUGACAAUUAGUGCCGCUGGAAUUGCUGCUGUGUUACGACAUACUCUAUACGACCCUGAAACUUAUUGUCAUGUGUCCGGAGUACAGUUCAUGCAAGUUCUCGCCGGCUCUGGCAUGUGGAGAGCAAAUCUACCAUUAUCUUGGUGGACAGGGUCGCCACACUCAUUCUUUUGUCGACUUUCGGAGCAGGACGCUCGAAAAGUGCCACCAGGGCCUUGUCUUCCCCGAGUAGAGGAGGCAUUUCUACUUUUCAUCACUUCUGCACGAGGACCAGAACGUCGUUUAAUACCAACUCCAAUGUCUCCAUGGAAGCCACCGGAAUCACUCCUCGCCGAUGCCAAUGAUUACUUCCAUUCGUGGGUAGAUCCCACCCGAGCAAUAUUUCAGUGGUUGAAAGAGAUGAGAGGCCCUGAAGCUGACGUUGAUGUUAACACCGCCGAAUUACUCCAAGUGUUUGAAGAAGACUCCGAUAGAGCUGGCUCCAAAGAUUAUGAGGAAGACAUGAAUGUGGAUAAUUUAUUACCUUAA